UUUGCGUGAUCUGGCAACAUAAGUUCUCCAGCUACGCAAGGAGUCAAACUCAGUUGCUCCUCAAUGGCAAAUCUAAUCUUGCUUUACCUGAAAUUAUUUAUUUUCUGCGGCAUUGCCCUCGCAGUUUUUGAAGAUCAAGUCGGGAAAUUUGACUGGAGACAACAAUAUGUAGGCAAGAUUCGUUUUGCCCACUUUGAGACACACGUGCAGUCAUCCAAAAAAGCGCUUCUAGCAACUGAGAAGAAUGUUUUUGCUGCACUGAAUACCAGAACCGGAGAACUCUUUUGGCGACAUGUGGACAAGACUGGGCCAGAGGGGAAUAUUGAUGCUUUCCUGCUGCACGGGCAAGAUGCAGUUCUGGUGGUUGGUAAUGGCCAUUUGCUUCGCUCUUGGGACAUUAACAUUGGUGGUUUGAACUGGGAGGUUGUGCUUGACCCUGGCAGUUUCCAAGCUGCCUGUUUGGUUGGACAGCAAGAUAGUGUGAAAUACAUAGCAGUUAUGAAGAAAAGUUCCAUCUCGCUCCAUUACCUUUCCAAUGGUCACAAAAAAUGGCUGGAAAAUCUGCCGGAAAGCGAAACAGUGGAUUACCAAGCUGUAUAUUCCGGGGCAGACGGUGAAGUCUAUGUCCUGGGAGUUGUUCCUCAUUCCCAUGUUGCUAUAGUUGCUUAUAGUUUGGAGGAUGGAGAGAUAACCAAGCAGAUGUCCGUUGAGGCUCCUUGGCUGUCAAAUAUUCAGACUAGCUGUGCAGUUGUUGGUCAGGGCUUCCUGACAUGUGUAGACUCUGUGACCAUGUCCCUAUAUGUCGUUGAAUUACAAGUACAAUCCAAGAUCACCCAGAUCCCUCUGCAGUCACUUGGACUUGAAGUCUCCACCAACUUCCACCCAGUCUUGGUGUCAACGCAGCCCAGCCCACCUCAGCCGCCCCUAGCAGAGUUCAUCCUCCAGCUUGGACCUGAACACCAUCUGCUGCUGCAGCUUACCGGUGGACAGGUGUUGAUGCUGAGGGACUUCAGGCCUGCCAUUUUGGUUGCAUUUGCAACCGCUGGAGAUAGAACUGUUACUGCUGUCCUGUCACCAAAGAAUAAAACGGCUUGCACUGUGAACCUGUUUAGUGCAGAAACUGGACGUAGACUUUUAGACACAACACUGAUUUUUAACAUUGAUCCUGACGGUGGGAAACCAGAGAAGCUGUAUGUGCAGGCGUUCCUGAAGCGAGACGACUCUGUCGGCUACAGAGUCAUGUUGCAGACUGAAGACCACACGCUCACCUUCAUACAGCAGCCAGGGCGUGUCGUGUGGAUGCGUGAGGAGGCGCUGUCCGACGUGGUGACCAUGGAAAUGGUGGAUCUUCCCCUCACAGGAACGCAGGCAGAGCUGGAGGGAGAGUUUGGCAAAAAGGCUGCCAUUCAAGACGGUUUGAUGUCCAUGGUGAUGAAGAGACUCUCCUCCCAGCUCAUAAUGCUGCAGGCCUGGAUUGCCCACCUCUGGAAGCUCUUCUACGACGCCCGGAAGCCCCGCAGUCAGGUUAAAAGCGAGAUGAGCAUCGAGAACCUCUCCAGAGACGAGUUCAACUUGCAGAAGAUGAUGGUGAUGGUUACUGCAUGCGGAAAGCUCUUUGGGAUCGACAGUAAGACUGGCACCAUCUUUUGGCGACACUACCUGGAUAACGUCCCGUGUAACGCGGCCUUCAAAGUGAUGGUGCAACGGACGACGGCUCACUUCCCUCAUCCUCCGCAGUGUUCACUGCUCAUCAAAGACAAGGACACAGGUUUGGCUACACUGCACGUAUUUAACCCAAUUUUUGGAAAGAGGAGUCACAUCAGCCCACCUGCUCUGUCUCAGCCCAUACUCCAGUCCCUCCUGCUCCCACUCAUGGACCAGGAUUACGCAAAGGUCCUGCUUCUCAUCGAUGACCAGUACAAGGUGAUGGCUUUUCCCUCAACAAAGAACGUGCUGCAGCAACUUCAGGAGAUGGCUUCUUCCAUUUUCUUUUAUCUUGUUGACUCCAGCCAAGGAAGACUGUCGGGCUACAGGCUACGGACGGAUUUGUCGACUGAACAGAUCUGGGAGGUCGUCAUCCCAACGGAUAUGCAGCGAGUUGUCUCGGUCAAAGGGAAACGACCCAAUGAGCAUGUGCACUCCCAGGGCAGAGUGAUGGGAGACCGCAGCGUCCUCUAUAAGUAUUUGAAUCCCAACCUGCUGGCGGUGGUCACCGAGAGUACAGACACGCAUCAGGAGCGCAGUUUUGUUGGGAUCCACCUAAUCGAUGGGGUGACUGGACGCAUCAUCCACGAGGCUGUUCAGAGGAAAGCACGAGGUCCCGUGCACGUUGUGCACUCUGAAAACUGGGUGGUGUACGAAUACUGGAGCACCAAGUCCCGCAGGAACGAGUUCUCUGUGAUUGAGCUGUAUGAAGGGAUGGAGCUGUACAACAGCACGGUGUUCAGCUCGCUGGAUCGCCCGCACGCGCCACAGGUUCUGCAGCAGUCCUACAUUUUCCCCUCCUCCAUUUCCACCAUGGAGGCCACACUGACGGAGAAAGGAAUCACCAGCCGCCACCUGCUCGUUGGUUUGCCAUCAGGAGGAAUCUUGUCAUUACCCAAAAUGUUCCUUGACCCUCGGAGGCCAGAAAUCAUCUCUGAGCAAAGCCGUGAGGAGAACUUGAUCCCGUAUGCACCAGAGCUGCCCAUCCGAACAGACUGGUUCAUCAACUACAAUCAGACUGUGUCUAGAGUGCGAGGAAUCUACACUGCCCCCUCUGGACUGGAGUCCACUUGUUUGGUGGUGGCGUACGGUCUUGAUAUUUACCAGACGCGGGUUUAUCCGUCCAAGCAGUUCGAUGUCCUAAAAGACGACUACGACUACACGCUGAUCAGCAGUGUGCUCUUCGCGCUUUUCUUUGCCACCAUGAUCAGCAAGCGCCUGGCAGAGGUCAAACUACUGAACCGUGCCUGGCGAUGACCAGCAAAGGUCAAAAGUCAAACUUGAAUGAUGCCAGUGAGGAAUUAGCAGCUGUUUUUAUCUUUUCAUUUUUAGUUAACUUAUUUUUUUCAAUCACAAUAAAUUAUUCAGUGUUGAAUAAUUUUUUGUGCAAUGUUGUUAACACAGCUGUUCUUACAAAUUAAAGAAACAUACUUGAAUUAAUAAAAUUAUAAAUGUGAAAGAUGUGAAAGUCAGUUGUAAAAAUAAAAGUACACACCUCUUUAAGGUU